AGAACGCCGGAAGUACGUCAUCCAUCUGCGCCAAGGCGCGACCUAGAGAGAAAGCAAAAAAUCUCCCGGGAUUUGGGGAGCCGAAAAACCGAGAGUGAUGGAUGCGGAAUUUUUCAUGGGGGGGACUGGAGGGAUAGUCGGAGACUGGGAGGACAGGGGAUUGGAUGAAGACUAUGGUGAAGGAGAAGACGAUGCAGAGGUGCAGCAGGAAUGUUUGCAGAAAUUCUCCACCCGGGACUAUAUCAUGGAACCUGCCAUUUUCAACACACUGAAGAGGUAUUUUCAGUCUGGUGGAUCGCCAGAAAAUGUGAUCCAGCUUCUGUCGGAGAAUUAUAGUGCCGUGGCACAGACUGUAAAUUUGCUGGCAGAAUGGCUCAUCCACUCAGGUGUGGAACCCGCACAGGUACAAGAGACGGUGGAAAACCAUUUGAAGAGUUUGCUGAUAAAACACUUUGACCCAAGGAAAGCCGACUCCAUCUUUACAGAGGAAGGAGAGACCCCAGCCUGGUUGGAGCAGAUGAUUGCCCACACCACAUGGAGAGAUCUUUUCUACAAACUGGCAGAGGCCCAUCCAGACUGCCUGAUGCUUAACUUCACUGUCAAGCUAAUCUCAGAUGCCGGGUACCAGGGUGAAAUUACCAGCGUCUCCACAGCGUGCCAGCAACUGGAAGUCUUUUCCAGGGUUCUUCGUACUUCCCUGGCCACUAUUCUGGAUGGAGGAGAAGAGAACUUGGAGAAAACCCUCCCCGAGUUUGCAAAGAUGGUGUGUCAUGGUGAGCACACGUACUUGUUUGCUCAGGCCAUCAUGUCUAUCCUGUCACAGGAGGAGCAGGGAGGAUCAGCAAUGAGAAGAAUUGCACAGGAGGUGCAGAGAUUUGCACAUGAAAAGGGCCAUGAUGUCAGUCAGAUCACAUUGGCAUUGGGCUCUGCUGCUUCUUACCCUCGGGCAUGUCAGGCGCUGGGAGCUAUGCUGUCCAAGGGAGCCCUAAAUCCAGCCGAUAUCACAGUGCUUUACAAGAUGUUCACAAGCAUGGACUCUCCUCCUGUAGAGCUGAUCCGGGUGCCGGCUUUCCUGGAUCUCUUCAUGCAGUCUCUAUUCAAACCAGGCGCUAAGAUAAACCAGGACCACAAGCACAAGUACAUCCAUAUCUUAGCGUAUGCUGCCAGUGUGGUGGAAACAUGGAAAAAGAACAAGAGAGUGAACAUAAACAAGGAUGAACUGAAGUCAACCUCUAAAGCUAUUGAGACCGUCCAUAACUUGUGCUGCAAUGAGAACAAGGGGGCGUCCGAGCUGGUGGCUGAACUGAGCACCCUGUAUCAAUGCAUCAGGUUCCCUGUUGUAGCAAUGGGGGUAUUGAAGUGGGUCGAUUGGACUGUGUCAGAACCGCGGUACUUCCAGCUGCAGACAGAUCACACCCCUGUGCACCUGGCACUGCUAGAUGAGAUUAGUACGUGCCACCAGCUGCUCCACCCUCAGGUCCUACAGCUUCUCAUUAAACUCUUUGAGACGGAGCACUCACAGCUCGAUGUCAUGGAGCAGCUGGAACUGAAGAAGACGUUGCUGGACAGGAUGGUUCACCUGCUGAGUCGUGGGUAUGUCCUUCCUGUGGUCACAUACAUCCGCCGGUGCCUGGAGAAGCUUGAUACAGACAUCUCUCUUAUCCGAUACUUUGUCACAGAGGUCCUGGAUGUCAUUGCACCUCCUUACACUGCGGAUUUCGUACAGCUUUUCCUCCCCAUCCUGGAGAACGAUAGUAUUGCUGGGACCAUCAAAGCUGAAGGAGAACAUGAUCCGGUGACUGAGUUUAUAGUCCACUGCAAAUCAAAAUUCAUCAUGAUAAACUGACCAGUAGGAUGAGAGCCGCGAGCACAAAGGACGCAGGACUUUUUUCAGCAGAAUCCGCCAGUCAGUACAGGAAUAAGUUUUGGGCCCAAUGUUGUGCUGUAUAUAUACAAACCUGCAUUGUUGGGGGGGGGGGGGGUUGUACAGAAAUGUGUGGUUGUGUGUGUGUGUUUUUUUUAAUAAAUAUUCUUAUAGUUAUACUUAUUCUUUUUCCUUCUGUUUGGUGAAUGUAUUUUUAUCUGGUAAAUAGAUUAUAAAAUAAUCUAAGAUUUGUGUUUGCAAUAAUGUGGAACAAACGUAGGGAUUGGCUAACGUGAAGUUUUUCUUCCCUUCAGUGGGUCACUAUCAAAUGAUCCUGUUUGAUUUUAGAAGCUUUUAUUUCUUUGAAAAGGGUGCUUCAUACAUUUCCCUUUGUAUGUAACGUGUUUAUCUAGCAUACUGGCAAACAUUUGCCUCCCCUUGUUUUAUUAUCUUGUAUUUAGGUGCGGUGCGACCCUAGGGACUGCACCUAAUUGCUCCUCUCAACUAAAGGAAGUGAUGCCACUCACACGGCAGCACAUGACAUCCCUUCUGCUACGUGUCACUUCCUGUUUUGUGCAGUGAGCAUGCGACCCCUCACCCCCCAGCUCCAUCAUGCAGAUUUAUGCUGUAAGUCUCCCGCUGUGGGGUUUUUUAUUUUUCUGAGCCCUUGCCAAAUAUGUCCUAAUAAAUAUUUUGUAUUUUUUUA